AUGAUACUUCCCUACUUUUAUAACUUUCCGUUAAUUCUACAAAAACGUCUUGCUAAAUCUGUAUUAAAAUGUGGAGCUAAUAGGAUAUGGUUGGAUCCAACUGAAAUGGAUACAAUUUCUACAGCAAAUUCACGUCAAAGUAUUAGAAAAUUAUUUAAGGAUGGUUUGAUUUUAAGGAAAGCUGUAGCAACUCAUUCACGUUCAAGAAUAAAUAGGUUACAUGAAGCAAAAAGGAAAGGUCGUUCAAUGGGUUUAGGUAAGAGAAGAGGUACAAAGGAUGCAAGAAGACCAGAAAAAAUUUUGUGGAUGCGUCGUCAAAGAGUUUUAAGACGCUUACUUAAGAAAUAUAGAGAAGCAAAUAAGAUUGAUAAAUCUAUGUACAAAAAGUUUUACAUGAAGGCUAAGGGUAAUGAGUUUAAAAAUAAACGUGUACUAAUAGAAGCAAUUCAUGUUGCAAAGGCUGAGCAUAUUAAGGAGAAAGCUUUACAAGAUCAGUUAGAUGCUCGAAAAGCAAGAGCUGCAGCACUUAAACAAAGACGCAGAGUAAUUCACUAA